AAUUACUGCCUUUGCCCUCGUCCUUCCUCUUCCCUUCCCUUUGUAGCGACUCCACUCCAGAUCGAUCCGCCAUGUUCCUUCCUUCAAUCCAGCGAUGACCCGCGGCCGCACCCUCCUCCUGCCUCUCGCCGCAGCCACUGUCCUCGUCGCCUCCACCAUCUUCCUCUACGCCGCCGUCGGCGCGCGCUGGCGCCCCGCAGACACCAGCCUCCCGGUCCCCGCCGACACCGCCACCCCUACCUCCUUCUCGACGGCCGUCCCCGUGACCGUGAGUUCGUCCUCCAACUCCAGCGGCGGCAAAGAUCUCUCCUUUCUUGACGAGAACGGCCGCCCCGACGACCCCGGCUCCGGCUCCACCUCGGCUGACCGGAGAUGCGACCCGCGCGACGCCGCCCUCAGGGUGUUCAUGUACGACAUGCCGCCCGAAUUCCACUUCGGCCUCCUCGGCUGGUCGCCGCCCCAGUCCGCCGGGGGCGUCGUUUGGCCGGACAUCAGGAACGGCGCCGAAUUGCCGCGCUACCCCGGCGGACUCAACCAGCAGCACAGCGUCGAGUACUGGCUCACGCUGGAUCUCCUGUCCUCUUCCUCGGCUCCCUGCGGCGCCGCCGUGCGGGUCGCCGACUCCCGCGACGCCGACCUGGUCUUCGUCCCCUUCUUCGCCUCCCUCAGCUACAACCGCCACUCCAGGGCCGUGCCGCCGGAUAAGGUCAGCCGGGACAAGGCCCUACAGGAAAAGCUGGUGAGGUAUCUGACGGCGCAGCCGGAGUGGAAGAGGUCUGGUGGCGCAGACCACGUGAUCGUCGCGCACCACCCCAACAGCUUGCUGCAUGCCCGAGCAGCUCUGUUCCCGGCGGUGUUUGUGCUCUCUGACUUCGGGAGGUACCACCCCAGGGUGGCCAGCUUGGAGAAGGAUGUCAUCGCGCCCUACAAGCACAUGGCAAAGACUUUCAUGAAUGACUCGGCUGAGUUUAAUGACCGGCCAACCAUGUUAUACUUCCGUGGAGCCAUUUACAGGAAAGAGGGAGGGAGCAUUCGGCAGGAGCUAUAUUAUAUGCUCAAAGACGAAAAGGAUGUUUAUUUUUCCUUCGGAAGCGUCCAGGACCAUGGGGCCAGCAAAGCCAGCCAGGGAAUGCACUCAUCAAAGUUUUGCCUAAACAUUGCUGGGGACACCCCUUCUUCCAAUCGCUUGUUUGACGCGAUAGUAAGCCACUGUGUCCCUGUUAUCAUCAGUGACGACAUUGAGCUACCUUACGAGGAUGUAUUAGAUUAUUCGAUGUUCUCCAUCUUUGUUCGUUCAUCUGAUGCUGUUAAGAAGGGUUACUUGAUGAGACUGAUUAGUGGCAUAAGCAAGCAACAAUGGACAAGGAUGUGGAAGAGGCUCAAAGAGGUGGAUAAACACUUCGAAUAUCAGUAUCCAUCCCAGAAAGAUGAUGCAGUCCAGAUGACCUGGCAAUCAUUGGCUAGAAGAGUGCCAGCAAUCCGGCUGAAGGUGCAUAGAUCUAGUAGAUUUUCAAGAUCUGACAGAGGAGGAAAAUAAACAAAUAGGGGUGUAUCUGUUGGCUAAUCUAAAACAACAUUUCACUGACACAGCCUCUCAGUUCUUCUCAGUUGCACAAAAACAGAUAGAUUGGAACAAAGGAAUGAUGUUAGACUAUAAGCUAACAGCAUUCAGGCUGUCUAUUAGUUAUUUAGUUAUUCCAUACAAAAGCGGUAUAACUUGUGAGUUGUUGCUCCAGUUGAAGGUGUAUCCUAGCAAGGCAAAGGCUUAUUAUUUUUGUAACAUAUGUUCAACAUAAUUAUGAAAAGGGGACGUAGGUUUGCUGUUCUGAACAUUGUGGGAUCAAACAACAUUUUUAUGUCACGCAGCACAUUUUAAUU